UUUCCCAUGCACUUUUUUCUUACCUUUCCUUCCCAUUUUCACUUAUACAGUUACCAUAUUUGUUCCCUCACUCCCAGUCGUGUGUUAACCCAUUGUUCUUGUUUUUAUUUUCCUUUCUGCAUAAAAAUAUUUUCUUCGUUAGUUAUAGUUUACUAUUGUUGUCUUCAUCAGACAAGAGAGAAAAGAUAUUUUAUUAGUAUCUGCUGCCCUUUCAUUCCCCCCAAGAAAGAUAUAUAUAAAUCUUCUCCUUCUCCACUCUGCGCUCCAGCCACCUUAUCUCUCUAUUUCUUUGUUCUUCAACUAUCCCAAGGGAACUGAGAGAGAGAGAGAGAGAAGUCAUGGACGCUGUUCUUCAAACCAGAGGCCUUCUCUCUCUCCCCGCAAACCCCGUUAACAGAAUCUCACUCUUUAAACCUUCACAAGGUUUAAAGCACAGAUUUUUCUCUCCAAAGCCAAAAAACCUUUCUGGGUCUUCUCUUUCCUCCAAUGGGUUCCCAAAACUCUCACCAAGACCCAACAAUGUCUUUGCCCAAAGGGACCAAAACAAAAACUUGUUCUUGUGCAGGGCUGAGGCUGCUGCAGCCUCCUUUGGGGAACCAGAAAGUGAGAAACAAAAGUUUUUGGGUAUUGAAGUUGCCACCUUGAAGAAGAUUGUGCCUCUGGGGAUGAUGUUCUUUUGCAUCCUCUUCAACUAUACAAUCUUAAGGGACACAAAAGAUGUGUUGGUUGUGACGGCCAGAGGAAGCAGUGCUGAGAUUAUACCGUUUCUCAAAACCUGGGUGAACCUUCCCAUGGCCAUUGGGUUCAUGUUAUUGUACACAAAGUUGGCUAAUGUGUUGUCCAAGCAGGCUCUCUUCUACUCUAUUAUUCUUCCCUUCAUUGCCUUCUUUGGGGCCUUUGGUUUUGUUUUGUACCCUCUCAGCAACUAUAUUCACCCUGAGGCUUUUGCGGAUAAGCUUCUCAACAUCCUUGGCCCACGGUUCCUUGGUCCUCUUGCAAUUAUGAGAAUAUGGAGCUUCUGUUUGUUCUAUGUCAUGGCUGAAUUGUGGGGGAGUGUGGUCAUUUCAGUGCUGUUUUGGGGGUUUGCCAAUCAGAUUACUACCAUUGAUGAAGCAAAAAGAUUCUAUCCUCUAUUUGGACUUGGGGCCAAUGUAGCCCUUGUGUUCUCUGGUCGGACAGUGAAAUACUUUUCUAAUCUGAGGAGUACUUUAGGUCCUGGAGUUGAUGGUUGGGCCAUCUCUCUGAAAGCAAUGAUGAGCAUAGUUGUGGGCAUGGGAUUUGCAAUCUGUUUCCUGUAUUGGUGGGUGAACAAUUAUGUUCCUCUUCCUACACGUAGCAAGAAGAAGAAGGAGAAGCCCAAGAUGGGAACAAUGGAGAGCAUUAAGUUCUUGGUGUCUUCAAAAUAUAUAAGGGAUCUUGCCACUUUAGUGGUUGCAUAUGGAAUUAGCAUUAAUCUUGUUGAGGUUACAUGGAAAUCAAAGCUCAAAGCUCAGUUUCCAAGCCCCAACGAGUACUCAUCUUUUAUGGGAGACUUCUCAACUGCAACUGGAAUUGCUACAUUCAUAAUGAUGCUUCUAAGUCAAUUUAUAUUUGACAAAUAUGGGUGGGGAGUUGCUGCCAAGAUCACCCCCACCGUCCUGCUUUUGACAGGAGUUGGUUUCUUUUCUCUUAUAUUAUUUGGUGGCCCAAUUGCUCCUGUUAUUGCAAAGUUUGGAAUGACUCCACUGCUAGCUGCUGUAUAUGUGGGUGCCAUGCAGAACAUAUUCAGCAAGAGUGCUAAGUACAGUUUAUUCGAUCCAUGCAAAGAAAUGGCCUACAUACCCUUGGAUGAGGAUACCAAGGUCAAGGGGAAGGCAGCCAUUGAUGUUGUGUGCAACCCAUUGGGGAAAUCUGGAGGAGCUCUAAUUCAGCAGUUCAUGAUCUUAACUUUUGGUUCACUAGCUAACUCAACUCCGUACCUAGGAGGGGUCCUUCUGGUGAUUGUUCUUGCCUGGUUAUCAGCAGCCAAGUCGCUUGAUACACAGUUUACUGCCUUGCGUCGAGAAGAAGAACUUGAGAAAGAGAUGGAGAGAGCAGCAGCUGUUAAGAUACCAGUGGUGGCCAAGGAUGAGGAUGGAAAUGGUUCUCUUAAAAGUGUUCCACUGUUAAAUCCAACAGCUGGUGACUCCUCAAGUACAUUGAAUUGAACUCAACUCGCAGUAUUUCAAGCUUAAACUACAUUGAAUUGCAAGGCAGGAGGAGUAAGCCAAAACUCAUGAGAUUUGUUAGCUUAAACUAUUUGUUGUAGGUCAUUAUCUCGUCUGAGUUUGAUUGUCACUUUUUUUCAAGUCUUUUUAUUGUUACUUUUGUUCUCACUGAUAAAUGAUUUUAUUCUCUCAAUAUGAAGCUUUCCUAUUUUGUAGCACAUUUUAAAUUUUUUUUUGAAAGAAUGAACACAUUUGUAA